GCGCGCCGCCGACCCGCGUAGUCCUGUGACCGCGUCAACUGUUCGCGCCGACAGACGACGACGAGAGAUAUUUCGCGCGAUUUCCACUUCCGUUUGCCGUUCGAAUAUAAUCCCUCCGUCGUUUAUCGUUAUUAUUAUUAUUUAUUUAUUUAUUUUUUUUAAUUUAAUAUUUUGUACGAAUUUGGUCGUCCGUCUGGGCACAGUGUAGUUGGUUUACGUACCGUCGUGAAUAAUACGAAGUGUGUGUGAUCCCGCGCGGUGUCCAAGUGCGAGUCGGAUUAUAGCGUAACACGAUUGCCGAAGUUGGAUGUGUGUGCGAAUUUUUUUUUUUAUUGCUGUGUCGAGUUCGGUUAUUUUUCUAAAAAGUUUUCCUCAAACAGAUUACAAUAUUAUCGUACUUGACGGAUAAUGAAUAGAAUUCAACAGCCGAAUUUGCCGAUGCUGGUUUCCUGAUUGUAGUUAAUAGGAAACAAUAAAAGAUAAAAUAUCACCUUUCAUAUUAAUAGUACGAGUUUCAUACAAUUCAGAAAGCAAUACGUUAUUGAUACACUUAAAAUGCACAUCAGAAUUUGGCGUUGUAUCUAGGACGCAUUUGUUGUGACUCUGAAAAUAGUAGUAACAACUUUUGAAGAAAAUUGUUGCGAAUACGAACGGUUAUUGGAAAACACUGAAACAUUUAUAACCACGAUACAAAAUAACCUUAUACCGCAGCUCAACCGAACGGUAACGUCCGGCAUGUCAGUGUACGACCACAGUGACAUUGUAUACCGUACCUGAUCGCCGAGAGUGUCCGUCGGUAUGGUGAAACGGCCGAUGACCGAAUACAACACUCCGGUUAUUUCACAGAUACCUAUUAUACCGCGACCGCGGUCAUGGAACAUGGUGACGACGUGUUCAACCACACCCCCACGACAGUCGUUACGUCACUCGAUCCCCGGGACUCACUGUACCGGUUGAGCGCCAUGGACAACGGCACCGAUCCCACGGUCCAACAGGUGACCGGUGACAUGAUGGACUGGUCCGAUUACGUGUCGGUAGCGCUGAAAACGUCCAUCAUGGCCAUCAUCAUACUGACCUCGAUUGGCGGCAACCUGCUGGUGAUCGUAUCCGUGGCCCGACACCCACGGUUGCGGGUGAUCACCAACUACUUUGUCGUGUCGCUGGCGUUCGCCGACAUGCUGGUGGCCAUUGUGGCCAUGACGUUCAACGCCAGUAAGCUGAUCAGCGGCAAAUGGAUUUUCGGGUACUUCAUGUGCGACGUGUGGAACUCGAGCGACGUGUACUUCUCCACCGCGUCCAUACUUCACCUGUGCUGCAUCAGCGUGGACCGGUAUUACGCCAUCGUCAAGCCGCUCAAGUACCCGGUGCUGGUCACCAAGCGGCUGGUGGCGUUCCUGCUGCUCGUCACGUGGGUGGCGCCCGGCAUCAUCGCGUUCGUGCCCAUCUUCUACGGUUGGUACACCACCGACGAGUAUCUAGCAUACCGGAUGGCACACCCGGACGACUGCGAUUGGGUGGUGAACAAAGUGUACGUGAUCGUGUCGUCGUCCAUAUCAUUUUGGAUACCCUGCACGAUCAUGUUAUUCACAUACCACGCGAUAUUCAAAGAGGCGAACCGUCAAGAAAAGCAGAUACACGCAAGGAUUAGUUGUGGUCAGCAGAUAAACUACAACCGGGAGCUGGCCGAAAACCAGCUGCGAUCGAACGGUGCGGCAAACGGGUCGUCGUCCAGGACUACGCUGGCGCCCAAUGACCACCACUCAACCCCUUCCCGGGACAACAGGAACAUCAUCAAAAUGAAACGGGAGCAUAAGGCGGCGAGGACGCUAGGCAUAAUCAUGGGCACGUUUAUCGUUUGCUGGCUUCCCUUCUUCUUGUGGUACGUUAUCACGACGCUAUGCGGCGAGGCGUGCAACAUAUCGUCGUCUGUGGUGGCCGUGCUCUUCUGGAUCGGUUACUUCAACUCUACGCUGAAUCCACUCAUCUACGCAUACUUCAAUCGAGACUUCCGGGAAGCGUUCAAGAACACACUGCAGUGUGCGUUCUGUAACCUGUGCCGAAGCCCACCGUCCGACUUGGAGGCGCUCGACGCGCGAAGGCCGUCCCUCCGGUACGAUGACCGUACGCGCAGCGUGUAUUCCGAAACGUACCUGAACCACUGCGACAGGCGCCGGUCCAGUCAAUUUGGUAGCAGCUUAUGAUCCACUGCGCCGCCAAGACCCCGGCAUCGAAUCUAGAGCUUUUUCCGCACACCCCUCGCCGGAAUCUGCACCGACAUCCAUGCCCUCCCCCUCAAAAAAACCCACCAUCCCAUGAAAACAAAACCGAAAAUCAAUUGCCACAAUUAUUAGUGUUAAUGAAAACCGUUACGCCAUCGUGUACAAUAAUAAUAUGAUAUACGUAUUUGACUUGGCGACAACAACAAUAAUAAUAUUAUGCGCCAUGAUUUUGUAUCGUAGACCUGGUGACUGCUCAGAAAAUACGAGAAAUUAAUUUCGUUUUUUCUUAUGGCUAAAAUCAUAUUAAGUAGGUAAUUUGCAUUUUUCGAUGAUUGUUUGGAGUAUUUAUUCUUGAAAUCAAAUUCCUUGUAUAUGCUGAGGUAAUAAUAUUUGUACCUGGUUUGUGAUAAAAUAAUCAUCUCAUAUACAUAUGCAUUAUCGCACCCGUACAGACAUUCGCAUACGUUUAUAGACAAGCUUCUCCUCCUUUUCAACUACCUCACGACCGAGUGCUAUAAUAAUAAUUUAUGUUCGCCCGACAGUAUAUUGCAUCGUCGUCAUUAUACAAAAUUUAUUCAGUUAUGCUCGUUUUAAUCUAGUUGUUUGGUGACGAUCUAUCGUUAUUUCAAUCACCGCCCGCCGAGCGAGUUCGCCACAACGACUCGAAUGAUAUCGUAUUAUUAUUAUAAUUAUUAUUAUUAUUAUUAUUUAUAAUUUAACGAUAUAGCGAUGACACUGUACGAUAUUUCUGGUGUUGCUGACAUUUUUAAUUUAGGCGAAUAAGCUAAAAUAAUUAUAGCAAUUGUCUCUGGGAUCGGUGUUUUGCAUUUUAUUACGGUCAUAUUAUAAUAUGUAGUUCACCAACAAGCGCUACAGCUGAGUUCACUGUAAUACUGUAGAUGUGCCUACGCGAAAACGACAAGACAUGUCAAUGUUGCGCAUUAAUAUUAAUAUUAAGUACAAUAUAAUAAUCAUAUAUUGAUUUUAUAAGUUUUUAUACAUUUUAAUUGAAUUAGAAAAUACAUUUGAAAAAAUAGCAUACUCGUCGAGGAUAAUACGUGCAGAGUUUAGUUCUAUUAUCGACAUUCGCUUUUAUCUCAAAGAUAUAAUAUAACAUCGUUAUAUUUUUAUACAUGAAAAAAAAAACAACAGUGUGGUUUAUUUUAUACUCCCAUUACGAAUAUCGCUGGCCACAAAAUUGUAAAUGAAAUUAUUUGAUGACAAUUAUUAUCAGAGAAUAAAUUCUACAGUUUGUGAACCGUAAAAAAUAACAAAUAAUGACGUACUAAAGCGAUAUAUUUUUUAAAUGAAUUCUAUCUUCCUUCUGGAAUUGUGUCAAUUCAAAUAGUAUGGUAACAUUUAAUUCAUGUAUUUUCGAACUUCCGGUUAAGAACAAUAACAAACAAGACUGUAUAAUUUCGUUUUCGUCUUUUUUACCAAAUAGCCUAUUAGUUUUAAAACAUGUAAUAUUAUUAUUAUUGUAAUAUAACAGUCUGGUGUAAAACACUUAAAACACAUAAGUAAUAAUAUAAAAAAUCGCUAACUUUUUUACUGCUUUGUUAUUUUUUUUUUCGAUAUUGGUAAUUUUCAUUAAAUUGUUUCACCAAUUCUAUUAUACUAUAGUUCACAUCUCAAAGUUGUCGAGCCUCAUCAAUAAUAAUAAUAAUAAUGAUAACAAUAUAAUGAUAUAAAAUAAAUCGUUGAUGUAUUGAAACCUGCUUUAUAUUAAUAACAGAUGACAAAAAACGCUAAAAAUAUUAUAAAAAAAAAAGUUUAAGUAAAAUAAACAUCUCGUAUUUAUAAGUGUACAUCUAGCAAUAGUUAUCUGAUAAAUUAUCCUACAGCUAUGGUUAGACACAGUGAUUCAAAUAUACAUAUUUUAAUUAUAAUAUUGUUAUUUACCAAUUAAAUUGCUGUGAUACGUUUUGACGGCACGUCAGUGAUUAGAUGGACUACGUUUUAAAUGGCUACAAACUACAUCUAUUAUAAUGUACAAUAUACAAAUUUAUAGUAUGUAUUUCCAACUGCAGUUGUAUAUUAUACGAUAUAAUGUUAACAAUUAAUUCGACGAUUAGUGUAUUGUUUCACAAGCGUUGUCCUCUGCACAUCAAGGCCUAGUUAAUUAAUUUUGAUUUAGUGGCGUUUCAACAGUGUGUAUUGUUGGGUGGUAAAUUUACAGUUUAUUUUAGUAAAUUAAUAAAUUAAUGAGCAUAAAAUAAUAAUGGUAAUAAAAAUUUUAAAAAUACAACAAAUGAAUAAGUUCAAUGGGGUCUCGGCGGUACACUCUAAGAAGAUAAUUAAUUGAUUAAUUUAUUGUUGUUGAUUUUUAAGGUUUUUAAAUUGUUUAUGUUAUAAUAGUGAAAAUUUGAUCAUUAAUUUCUUUUGACUGUAUUAUAAUGGAAAAUAUAAAUACUAUUUUUCAUAAAAAAGGGAGAUGAAUUAAAAAUUAAUAAUUUAGAAUCUAUAGUAGAUGAUAAAUACUACUUCCGGGAAAGAUGGAAAUAUAAAAAUAUAAUAAAAUUAUUUUAACCAUAAUCUAAAAUGUGAAGCAAUUAUCGAAAAUAUUGUAAUUUGUUGUUAUUAUUAUUAUUAUUUUUUUUUUGUUUUUUUUUUUGCUUUUGGAAUUGUACUAUAAACUGUACCUAUUGUAAAUAAUUGCAAUUGUUUUUGAUAAUCAAUAUUUUUUUCAUAUAUAAUAUAACAAUUAUGUAUAAAUACGCAACAUUACAAGUAGAAAAUAUUAUGGUGUUACAGUUUAUUAAAUAGAAAAUAUAAUGUUCAGGUGUCAAAAAUAAAUCACUUAGUGGAUACGAAUUUCGAAAAAUCCCAUACAAAUACCUACAUAAAUAAUAAUGUGAUCCAUUGAUGAAAAAAUGGAAAAUAUGAAAUAUUUUGAACUGAACGCAUUUUUCCAAGUAGAAAGUAGGUAUAUAGCAUUGAUUCGUUUGGUUUUACCAAUAUUUUCUUCAAUACACACUAACGUUAAGAAAAAAAAAUACUUGCACAUUUGUAACCACUUCAAUGAAAUCGAACACAAUUUACAAUAGAGACCGUAUGCAAAAGUACACGUUAACACCAUUAUGGUAAAAUAGCGAGUACCUAUUAUUAUGACGUUUGUAAUAUUAUAUACAAUUUCAACGCUAUACUUGUACUUACGAAUCUAAAGCAGUCAAAUAUUUUUUUUUUUUAUCCGACGCGUUUCUAAAACUAGCAAUGUUAGUAAAUUAUAGCAAUCGUUAUUCGACUCUUUGCUCUACGAACUUGGACCAAAUGUAUUAUACAUAAUAAAGUAUCUAUUAUUAUGCAAUCUAUAUGCUGAUCUUGGGUAACGUCCUAUUUUCUCCAUAAAAAAAAAACAACCAAAAACUUAAGUAUUUUACGAAAUUACGAAAUAUACUAAUGUACUAGUAGUAUUGCAUUCGGCGAAAUAAAUUAUUAUGCAUGGCCGCUUUUAAACGGAUUUCACAUUCAUAUUAAUCGUUUAUGAUCGUAUAGGUACAUAGUGAAAUUAUUGUUCCUUCUUGUAACAUAAUAAUGAUAUUAUAACAUAUAAAUAGGUAUGCAAUAGUUUAUACUAAUAUAUGUACACAAUGUUUAUGUUUACUUUGAAAUGUAUUGUUUUGUUAUUACAAUUAUAUAAUGAUUACUAGCGAAACCAUCAUGUAAUACUAUUAUACUAUAUAAUAUGUAUAUUGUUUAUGAACUACGAUUUAGUAAUAAUUAUUAUAUAUAUAUAUUUAAUAUUAGAUGCAGACACAUUUUGUACCUGAAAGUCCUAAUCGAAAUUGUAAAAGUAGCAUUGAUUAUUAAUUCUUUAUUUAUACAUACAUUUUUACUACCUAUAUACAAUAAAU